UCUUCACUGAGUGAUGAACAGAAGGAAAGGUGCUUGGCUGAGCUGCCAUCCUUUAUUGAGUAUUUUGGUUAUAGUUAUUUCUUUGCAAACAUAUUAUCAGGACCUCAGAUAAGCUAUAUAAGAUACAAGCAUUUCAUAUCAAGUAUAUUAUUUGAUUAUAAAACUACUCCAUCAAGUCUCUUGCCUGGUCUACAGCGUCUACUUCUUGGUAUACUGACAGCUGUUAUCUAUUCACAGUUUAAUAAAUAUUUUCCAUUGAGUGGAAUAUUAUCAGAAGAGUAUCAGGCAAGGAGCUUGCUGUCUAAGCUUCUCAUAAUGAUAAUAACUGGAAAGCUGGCAUUGUGGCGUUACAUGGCAGUCUGGACCUUUGCCGGAGCUACUUGUGUCAUCAUGGGAAUAUCAUACAAUAAGUCGUUAUCCACUCCAGAGUAUACUGAUUGGACAGCAGUCUAUAAUGUUAACUUUUGGAAUAACGAGACCAGCAUUACUCUUCAAGUUAGUGAUGCAU